AUGUCCAGGGGACCUUCUGACGAGCAGCAAUUUGAGGCGUUUGAGAUUGGCCAUAUGGUGUUUCUUGUUCUAGAUUUCAACCAGCCGAAUCCUCUUUUCUGCGCCCCUAUCGGCGAUUCACCCAAGCAUAUUCUGGACAUCGGAACUGGUCAAGGGAGUUGGGCAAUUGAUGUUGCCGAUCGCUAUCCGUCGGCUACCGUCCGCGGCGUGGAUAUUUUUCCCCCGCCAGUGUCAUGGAUGCCUCCAAACUGCGUGUUCGAAGUGGAUGAUGUGCUCCGCGAGUGGACAUGGAGAGACUCGUUUGACUUUAUCCAUAUGCGCCUAAUGUAUGGCGCCUUUCCUCCUGAGGGAUGGGACCAGUUAUACAAACAGGCUUACGACGCCCUCGAACCCGGUGGCUGGAUCGAGCAAAUAGAAUUUGACGUGCGAGUCUCUAGCGAUGACGGUACCCUGAAAAAAGAACACCAGCUAUGGGCGUGGGGGCCUAUGUUUCUUAGAUGCGCCGAGCGAGUGGACCAGGCCUCCGAAGCGUUGUGGCACGCUCGGAUGGGACAUCUGAACCGGGGCGACUUGAGGGUGGUCCUCCGGCAGACCGGCACUCCGUACCGACCGCUGACACAGGCGCAGCUGCUGGCAACGCCGCAGUGCCCGGCGUGCAUGUCGGGUAAGCAGCAUCAGAAGAGGAACUCCCGCGCAAGACGGCCACGUCUGCAUUCAACGAGAAUAUUUGAAUUGAUCCAUUCGGACAUCAUGGAGAUGCCGAUUGCCAAAGAUGGCUCCAGGUACGUGAUCACCUUUACUGACGAUUAUUCUCGUGGCUCGUGGGCCUAUGCCAUGAGAUGGAAGCAUGAAGCGCUCCAGAAGUUCCAACAUUUUGAGGCCUGGGUGCACCGACAGUUCGGCGCCCAGAUCAGAAGAUUCCUCACCGAUAACGGGAGAGAAUAUCUGCCAAUUGGAACACAUCUCGAAUCCCAGGGAGUUGAGUUCGACACAUCGCCGCCAUACUGCAAAGGGCAGAAUGGGCUGGCCGAACGCACCAAUCGUACUAUCCGGGAGCGGAUCAACACGCUCCUGUCCGAUGCGAACCUUUCUCCUUCCUGGUGGGUCGAGCUCUUGGACACGGUGGUCUAUCUGAAGCUACGCGCGCCAGCAUCGAUCUUACAGAAGAAGACACCGUUUGAAAUUCUAUAUGGGAAGCCGCCCUCGCUCUUGCAUCUGCGACGGAUCGGCUCCCGUGCAUGGGUCUUAAUCCCAAAGGAACAUCAAGCAAAACUCGGACCGAGAUCAUCCGAGUGUCGAUUGCUAGGCUAUUGUGAACCGAACCAGUACAAGCUCUAUGAGAUACAUUCUGGAAAGACAGUCUUUUCCCGUGAUGUCGAGUUCGAUGAGAGGACCCCGGUGGCGCCACUCAUCGAGGGGGAAACAGGCAACGGCCUCCCGGACAACGCUCCUCCAUCACCUGUCUUUCCAUCAAUGCCACGUUUAGCCAGAGGGCUGCUAACACCACCGGCAUCGCCAGUACCUCUGGCGAGUGAGCGAGAGAAAACGACACCUGGGCGUGAAGAGGAGACACUUCCAGUGGUCAAUCCAAGCCAACAAGGAAACGACUUGACAUCGGAUCUUGGGUAUUCGAUCUAUGGUCGCAGACGAAGACCGUCGCGGCGACUCCUGGAGUCACUAGGCAAGGUGUACUCGGCAGGCACAUUGAAUACCGCACCGGCCAGACAAGUCGACCCGGCGACCUUCCACGAGGCCGUGUCAGGCCCAACCCAGCUGGAAUGGUGGGCCGCCAUCCAGAAAGAAUAUGUCCAGAAAGAAUAUGCGUCGCUUCUCGAACACGGAACAUGGGAAAAGGUUCGGCGAGAGGACAUCCCAGCCGGAGAUCAUGUGAUUGGCUGUAAAUGGGUCGUCAAGACCAAAGCCAACGGAACGCGCAAGGCGCGAUUGGUCAUCAGAGGUUACCGGCAGAAACAUGGCAUCGACUAUCACGAAACGUUUGCUGCUGUGUCGCGAAUGGACUCCGUCCGCUGCAUUGUAGCCAGCGCCGUGUUGCGCGGAUGGAAACUCCACCAAUUCGAUGCGGUCACCACAUUUCUCCAUGGAGACGUCGAUUCGUCUAUUUAUAUGGAGUUGCCCCAAGGCUUUGAAGAGCCAGGGUACGUGUGUCGGCUGCGCCGCUCACUGUAUGGGCUGAAGCAGGCUCCGCGGAUUUGGUACCAAUGCGUCCACCGCGUCCUGGCUUCUCAUGGCUUCACCAUGGCCCAAUCGGACAACUGUGUGUUCUACAAAUCGAAUUGCGUCGUUUGUGUCCAUGUCGAUGAUUUCCUUGUUGCUGCGGCAAACACGCACGAAAUCGAAAAAGUGCAACAAGCAUUGCAAACAGAGUUCCGACUGAACGAUCUGGACACCCCGCGUUCGUUCCUCGGGAUCCAGUUCGACUAUCACGUCGAUGGGUCCGUGUCCAUUCACCAACACCAGUACAUCCAGAAGGUGCUCUCCGACUUUGGCAUGGAGAGUUGUCAACCGAAGUCUACGCCGAUGAAUCCCAAGCACAUCCUGAAUCAUCGUCCAGACGAGGAACCUCCGGACGAGGAAGCAAAAGCUCGUUAUGCGACUGCCAUUGGUUCGUUGAUGUAUCUGAUGGUUGGCACGCGACCGGAUAUUGCGUUUGCGCUGGGCAAGUUGAGUCGUUUCACGGCUCAGCCGCAAUCGCACCACCAAGUCGCUCUGCAGCGAUUGCUUCGCUACAUCAAAGCCACGCAAUCUCAUCGCAUUACCUACCGCAGUGGGCAGCUGAUCGGGUAUACAGACGCCGACUUUGGUGGCUCCGUCGUCACUGACGGUGCAUACUCGACGUCUGGCUAUGUAUUCCAACUUGCAGGUGCGCCAGUUUCCUGGUCGUCCAAAAGGCAGGGGGAAGUGGCCACGUCUACGACACACGCCGAAUACAUCGGACAGUACAAUGCUAUUCUGCAUCUGCAGUGGCUCCGCACCUUUCUAGCUGAAACGCAAUUAUAUCGGUCUCCGGUCACUAAUAUCAUGGCUGACAACCAAUCUGCCAUUGCACUUUCUCGCAAUCCUGAGUUCCACAAGCGGACGAAGCAUUUCAAAGUGAAAUUUCACUAUCAGCGAGCCGUGCUGGAUGCAGGCGAGAUUGGGCUUCAAUAUGUUCCAACUGAGGAACAGGCCGCAGAUGGUCUCACCAAGCCAUUGGGGCCUACGUCCUUUGUCAAGUUUUGUAGUCUCUUAGGAAUCGACGCCUCAGAGACUCCAAGGCAAUAUGCAUGA